GUCAUACCCGGACCUGAGGAAGAGGUACAACAACGCGUAACGACGAGUGCGUCAGCAGCGGGCGAGACAGGUGGUGGCUCAUCUUCGUCUUCGUCUAUAGAUGCGGCGAGGGCCUCAGUUGCCUCGGCAACAGAAUCAGCUGCGCGUGGUGUUUUUAGUUGUCAUUCAUCUUCUUCAUCUUCCUCAUCCCGUCUAAGCAAGGAAAGUAGCAUAAGGAUAAGCACCACAUCAUCCUCAAGGAAGAGCCGUCGUAGACAAUUAUCGAAGUACUCAGCGCCACCAGCGCGGUCGUCUUUUCGUGUCAGCAGGAUUGCUGAAGAGGUGAUGGACCCGGGUGACGUAGAGGAUGAACCUGAUGCUGAUGCAGAAAUCGAUGAUGCUCAUGGAAGAAGUGGAAGUGAUCAGGAGCGCGAACCUUCGUCUUCUUCUGCAGCAACUAGACCAACAGAGAUGCAACUCCUACAACUUCGAACUGUGAGCAGCAAGGGAAUGGUGCUUACGACGGGAGAGGGACAACGCCAAUCCUCGUCCUCUAGUAUUCGAAGCUCUGCCACACCAGCAGCCAGAGCCAGUACCGGUGGCACAGGCGCCGAUGUAGAACGAGAGGUGUCCAAUGAAGUUGGUGCUGUGGUGGAAAAUGAGAACGAGCGAGAGCAAUCGCAGUUACUUGAACGACAAAGUACCAGGCAGAGCCAACAAAAUGGAGAAAAUGGACGCUCUUCAACCAGCUCUUCUCGCAAUUCAACAUCUUCACGUCG